AUGGGUAAGGAAAAGACUCACGUUAACGUCGUCGUCAUUGGUCACGUCGAUUCUGGUAAAUCUACCACCACCGGUCACUUGAUUUUCAAGUGUGGUGGUAUUGACAAGAGAACUAUCGAAAAGUUCGAAAAGGAAGCCGCUGAA